CGGCAACAAAGCCUUUUCUUCCUUCCUUUCCAUUCAAUGGCUACCUCCUUCUGCUCCUUCAACGUUCCAAAAUCCCAAGACCCACCAAAACCCCUCAACCCAUCUCUCCAAAACCCACCAUCUCCUCCUCUUCAUCUCCAUAACCAAAACCACUCCUCCAAGCUCGUCAUCACCGGUCCUUCAAAGCUCUCCGGCCACGUCGCCAUAAGCGGCUCCAAGAACUCCUCGCUACCGAUUCUCGCCGCGACCCUUUUCUGCUCCGGAACUUCGAAGCUCGCCAACGUGCCCUGCUUGUCGGACACUCGCGCCAUGGCUUCCGUUUUGGCCUCUCUCGGCGCUGAAGUUCAAGUUUUGGGCGAUGAAAUAUUGGUUAAUGCCGAUGGUGUACGGUCGGUGGAGCCUUGUCCGGACGAGAUCCGGAUGCGAGGUGGGUUCUUCGUCAUUGGGCCGUUGCUGGCCCGGUUCGGCGCCGCCGCGGUCGCCUUGCCUGGCUGCGACAUUGGGGCUCGUCCGGUUGAUUUGUAUGUUCAAGGACUCAGGGCUCUCGGUGCUGUUGUGGAAUUGAGGGAUGGGAAAGUUCAAGCAUAUGCUGCAAAUGGGAGAGGACUGGUAGGGGGCACGUUCCAACUUGAUUAUCCCAGUGUUGGAGCAACCGAAACUCUUAUGAUGGCCGCGUGUCUAGCCGAUGGAGUGACUCUACUUUCAAAUGUUGCAAAAGAACCUGAGGUGGUUGCUCUUGCUCGUUUUCUGAUAGAAAGUGGGGCCUGUAUAGAGGGAGCAGGAAGUAACAAGAUUGUUAUUAAGGGAAAGUCUUGGCUGCAUGGCUCUGAAUGUAAAAUUGAUCCUGAUCGUAUUGAAACGGGCACAUUUAUGCUAGCUGCUGCUAUCACUCGCUCGUGCAUCUCUAUGUCACCGGUCAUUCCUUCUCACGUCUCGUGUUUGACGGAAAAACUCCGCGCUGCUGGUUGCAAAAUCAGACAACGGUCUCACGACACAUUGGAAAUUUUGGCGGUCUCCACUGAUGGUGCAAACUUGAAUGGUUUCAAUGUAAAGACAGGGCCAUUUCCUGCUUUUCCUACAGAUCUCCAACCUCAAACAAUGGCUCUGCUCACCACCUGUAAUGGUUCCAGUAUUGUUGAGGAAUCUGUUUUUAACAAGCGGAUGGGUCAUGCAAAUGAACUUCUCAAGCUUGGAGCAAGAAUUCAGGUUUGUGGGAGCACUGCUUUGGUUCUUGGGAAGGAUAAAGGAAGCUUGUUGUCUGGUUCUUCCCCCAUUGCAAAAGACUUGAGAGGUGGGAUGUCAUUGGUAUUAGCAGGAUUGGCUGCAACGGGUAACACUGAGAUCAGUGGUGUUUCUCACAUUGACCGGGGUUACGAAAAUAUAGAUGCAAAGCUUCAAAGUCUGGGAGCUGAUGUCAAAAGAUUGAUACCUCUUACUUGUUCGGAAUCGCAAUGAGGUUAUCAGCUUCGUCACUUGAUAACUGAGAUUUAUCAUCGUUAUUUUCACGUUGAAGCCGUUUCAUUUAUAAUCAUAUUCCAACUAUUGACAGCUGCUCUCAGGUCCUAGGAAAAUAUUGAUCUUGCAAUAUGAUUCAUGACACAUGUAAACAUUGGAGAUCAAUGAAUAGAUCAUUGUCAUGACUCAUGAGUAUAUUGAGAGCAAUAAAGAAAACGGUCAGUACCUGAAACAGUUUGAUGAAAAGCAAUGAAACUGUGAUGAAGUCUUGGUAUUCCUUCCCGUGCUUUGUAAUUUGCUGCUCAUCGAUGAACGGAUGCUCUUAGAGGUUCCUUGAGGAUACAGCUUAGUGCAUAGACUACCACUCCAAGCCUUGCCCCCAAAGUAUUCCCUGUACGCUAUGUGCUCAUCGUCGAAUGAGCGAAAACAACAGCUUACUGAGCUGCUUACCUUAAGAAAAUAGGCAAGCAAAAUUUUUGGUGUUCUGGCUAGGAUCUGAGUGUAGAAAUUGGCUGCUGAAUGAGACAAUGUUCUCAAUUUUUUUUUUUUUUUUUUUGGUAGCAAGACACUAUAAUUGUAUGUAUAGCUUAACUGGAAUGUGUAACUUGUUGAGGGAGAUUUACUUCGGAGGCAUAAUCCACAGGCACAUUUUUUUUCUUGUG